AUGGAAAAGCUGAAGCAGACGCAGAAGGAUGUCCCGGAUCCGAUUCCAUCUGAUCUCCUUAUAGAUAUAUUCUCUAGAGUCCCGGGAAAGUCAGUAGGUAGGUUUCAUUGCUUAUCUAAAUUCUGGAGAUCCACACUUGGCCUUCCUUAUUUCACUGAGCUGUUCUUCAGUAAGUCUUUAGCUAGUCCACGGCUCUUGUUCUCCGUCAGAGUUGAUAAAAAGUUAUUCUUAUUCUCUUCACCCCAACCUCAUAAUCCAGUGAAUGCCAAGGGUACUGAAACAAUCUCUUUGGGCUAUGAUCCGAUCAACAAACAGUUUAAGGUCUUCUGUACGAAUCGGUCACGUUCUGGAGGACGACCCUAUACUCACCAUUGGGUUUUGACAUUGGGGACUGGAAAACUUAUAUGGAGACCAACGAUGGAAUGCGAACCCCAUCAUGCUGGAUAUGGUGAAAUAUGCAUAAACGGUGUUUUGUAUUACGGAGCUUACUUUGAAGGAUCUUAUAUGAUGGUCUGCUUUGACUUUACCUCUGAAAAGUUCAGAUUUGUUAAGAUGCAUGAAGAAACGUUAUCUGUGUCUGUGAAUAUGAUUAGGACUCUGAUCAACUACAAAGGUAACUUAGGGUUGCUAGUAAUACAUGGGAAUGAAGUUGUGUUGUGGGUUCUUGAAGAAGAUGCUGGAAACCAUAAAUGGUCCAAAAGUAUAUGCGCAGCGGGUCUUACAAGCUUCUUAUCCGAGAGGAUCCGGAACAAAUUUUACGUUGUUGGAAUGAAUGGUGCAGGUGAGAUUGUGCUUUCCACGUACGAUCAGUCAAACCCGUUAUACAUUGUCUACUACAAUAUCGAGAAAAACACUUUUAAAGAAGUCCAAAUUAUGGGAUUUGAAGAGUUUCAGCAUGGUAAAAAUAUUGUCGUUAGCACCUUUCUAGACUAUGUUGAGAAUAUUAAGCUUGUGUAA